CGAUAAUUACGAUGGAUUAUAUACCUGGUUGCCGUGAACUCAUAAACUUCAAUACGUGCAUGAUAUUGACAAAAAGUUGGAAGAUCUGAGCGAAAAUAUGAACCGAUCGGCGAUAACUCUCUACUACAUCUGUAAUAUUGCCAGGUGGCAAUCAUACAUGGACUUACUGAAUUGACCUACAUUUAGACAUACUAAAUCAAACAUUGUUCUGAAGUUUGCAUGCAAUUCUGAUGCAAAAUUAAAAACUUUAUGAUGAAAAUCAGAUUCAUGCAGCAGCCUAACCUGCCCUAAUACUAAUUUUCUCUUGUUUUAGAUAAAAUUUCUUUUAUUGACUACGAAUAUGGUGCGUAUAAUUUUAGCGCGUUUGACAUUGGAAACCACUUUAAUGAAUUUGGAGGUGUUGUCAUUGAUCCAGAUUAUAGUUUAUAUCCUGGUAAAGAAUUUCAGAUGAGAUGGUUGAGAAUAUAUUUGGAGGAGAAAGCAAAAGUUCAAGGUACAGGAAAUGUGGUCACUGAAGAACAAAUUCAAAAAUUAUAUGUUUAUGUUAACCAAUUUGCGCUGGUAUCGCAUUUGUUUUGGGGAGUCCACGCAUUACUUCAGGCAAAUUUUUCUAUGAUUGAUUUCGACUUUCUUGAAUACGGCAGAAAUCGCUUUUACGAGUACCUUCGUAGGAAAGAUGAGUUUCUGAAUUUAUAGAUUAGGUGGAUAUAAAAUUAUCAUACAUAUUAACAAUCAUUUCAUAUAUAUAUAGCAUCAUUCACAUGGGACGCGGCAUAUUACGAGUGUUUAAAUUAUUACUGAACUAUUUUAACCGAGCUCGUUUCUAUCGUGGGAAUGAGUCAACAAAGAAAAGUUGUCAUAGUAAUGUGAGCACUUGUAUGAGCGGACUAUUGUAUUUUUUUAGUGGCAGCUAGCAUUAGCGCUGCACGUUUGACUGUUUGGUGAUAAAAGGUGCUAACGUCAAAAGAGAGUUUAUGGAAUAUUAUUUCGGAAUCAUAUAGAGAUAGAAACAAGAAAAAGACUGUCGCCUGGUGGCGCCUGUUAGCGCGCUUAUGUUUUCCGCAGUACGAUUACAUCGCUAACUGCAAACUAAA